ACUGGAAAGAGUUGAAGAGGAGGCGAGGGAAGGAACAGAGGGGAGGUGGUAGCCUUUCUCCUCCAAAGAUCCAACAAAACCACGCCGUCGUUGGCGAGGUCUCACUCUCUUUUGGGACGAACGGAAGAGGGCAGCUGCUAGUUGGGUCUCCUGUGGUCGAGAGGGGGUCAAUCGAUCGAUCGGUGUAUCUAUCGGCCGGAGCAGGGGCGAUGGCGGAAGACUUGGUUCUGGACACGGCCAUCCGAGAUUGGGUGCUGAUCCCUCUCUCUGUUGUCAUGGUUCUCAUCGGCGUCCUCCGUCACUUCGUCUCCAAGCUCCUCCGCUCCUCCCAGCCCCCCGACGUCAAGAUGCUCAAGGAAGGGCAGGUAAUUCUUAGGGCGAGGAAUCUGAAGGCAGCGGCCAAUUUCAUCCCCGCGAGCUCGUUCCGCUCUCGGAAGGCCUAUUUCACCAACGAGGAGAAUGGGUUGCUUUUUGUUCCCAAGGGCCAGGCACAAAAUGCACAGGCCCAGAUGUUUUCUGAUCCGAAUAUGGCUAUGGAUAUGAUGAAGAAGAACCUUUCAAUGAUCAUCCCACAGACACUUACUUUUGCAUGGGUGAACUUCUUCUUUUCUGGUUUUGUUGCAGCCAAGAUACCCUUUCCGCUUACUCAAAGGUUCAGAGGCAUGUUGCAGAAUGGGAUUGACUUGAGCACUGUUGAUGUCAGCUAUGUCAGCAGUCGUUCAUGGUACUUUUUAAACCUGUUUGGUUUACGAGGUCUAUUUAGUCUUAUUCUUGGAGAGGAAAACGCUAUGGAUGAUGCACAGAGGAUGAUGCAGAUGAGUGGCGGAUUUGGUUUUGAUCCGACAAGGAGUUUGAGUGCCGAGAAGGACAGCCUUGACAUAGUUCAGCAUGAGUGGGUGUUGCCCCAGAUGGAGCAACGUGCAGAAGCUGUUCUGCGGAAAAUUGUGGGGUAGCUGAUUCUGUUGUAUCAUGCUGCACAUUUUUAAGUGGAGAUCGGAGAAAGCUUACUUAGUGUUAAUUUCUGCUUAUUGCUUAUUCAAGUCCUUUUUUAUGAGAAGAAAAUGCAACAUUUUUGAGUAAUUUAGCAGACAAUUGCACUAUACAAAGCCUUAAUGUAUUUGUACCACUUUAUUUUCGGGCAACCACCCAUUUUUCAGUC